AAUUGCUUACUUAUCAAUUAAACCAUUUCCAUAUUAACUCACGGUUUUUAUUCUUUCAGAUGCCUGACAAUGUCUGCAUCAGUUAGACUGAUACCUGGAAGAUUGCUGUCAUCCUUUGAAAGAAUACCAUUUUGCAUUUCAAAUAUUGGUCGACCAGGACCUUUGAACAGAAGCCGAACUGUUAUCAUCCACAGACCAGCAUGUAGCCAUGUUCAGAAGUCUGCCCGCCUGUACUCCACCUCUGGGGGAUCGGGUGAUGAUGGCAACAAGACUGGGAAAGGCGAUAAAGAUGAUAAAAUAAGCAAACUUACUGAAGAUGUUACAAGCAAGGAUUCAUUGGUUGAAGACAUUACCCUGCUGGGAAUAGAUGGUAAAAUUGAUAGACUAGGUGUUGAAGGGAGGAGUGAUGCAGUGAAGGUGACAGACAAAGAGAAGGACACAUUUCGGAUGGUCAGCUGCCUUAAGUGCGGAUCUCCCAUUACACACUGGUGAACAGUCUCACUGAGAACAAUCAAGCCCGAUUUAUUAAGUGCACAAACUGCAACCAGCUUAAAUUCAUCCCAGAACAUUCAGACAAACUUAACCAGCAACCCCCUGCACUGAAGGAAAAGGAACUUCCCACUCCAAGACAGAUAAAAAAAUAUCUAGAUCUUCAUGUUGUUGGUCAGGAGCAUGCAAAAGAACAUUUGUCAGUUGCGGUUUAUAACCAUUAUAAAACUGUGCGGCAUAAUCUGAGAAAUAAGAAGCAAGCAGAGGCACUGAAGAAGUAUAC